AUGGAUAAAUUGUCAGCUCAAAGAGAAAUAAAUAUACAUAACCUGAUAGCCACUACAGCAACAUGGCUGCAAGAUAACAAAGGCUGGGACCUGACUAUUCAAGGUCUGUCGAACGUCACUGGGGAAAGUGAGGCUCGGGGUCGGUGGCCGGACACAGCCCACCAGCCGAUCCAAUGGCCUAAUAGCCCCACUCGCCGCCCCCCAGCAGCCCAGCUUUUAGAGGCCAGCGCGCACCCUACUCUCCACUUCACUUCAUCGAGACAGCAGAAUCCGGACAUCUUCCAAACCUUCUCCCAGCGGCAGUUAUUUUCCAGCGAAAUGGCCAGCGAGAACUUUCUGAUCCUCGAUUCCAUCUUGAACGGAAGCACUUUCACUUAUUCUGAAAGAUUAAAAUCCAAACGCACCAAGUGGAAUGUCCGCGCCUCUGAAAUGUCCAAACGCACAUUCAACCCGAUCCGCGCCAUCGUGGACAACAUGAGGAUCGAGCCGAACCCGGAUAAGGCCAUGAUCUCCCUGUCUAUCGGUGACCCCACCGUGUUCGGAAACCUUCCGACUGAUGACAAGGUUUUACAAGCCAUGAAAAAUGCAGUGGAUUCCGGCAGAUUCAACGGCUAUGCAUCAUCCAUAGGCUAUCAGAGCAGCAGGGAUGCAGUGGCAAAUUUUUACAGCUGCCCUGAGUCACCUCUCGAGGCAAAGGAUGUGAUUUUGACAAGCGGCUGCAGUCAGGCCAUUGAACUGGCCAUCUCUGUCUUGGCAAAUCCAGGCCAAAACAUCCUGAUUCCCAGGCCUGGCUUCUCUCUCUAUAAAACACUGGCAGUGUCACUGGGCAUUGAGGUCAAACACUACAACUUGCUGCCAGAAAGAUCAUGGGAAAUUGACCUGAAACAAAUGGAAGCAUUGAUUGAUGAUGAAACUGCCUGCAUCGUUGUGAACAACCCCUCUAAUCCUUGUGGCUCUGUGUUCAGUAAAUCCCAUCUUCAAAAGAUUCUCACUGUUGCAGCAAGAAAUUACCUUCCAAUCCUGGCUGAUGAAAUCUAUGGAGAUAUGGUCUUCCCAGAGUGCAAGUUCAUCGCCCUUAGCUCUCUGAGCAGCAGUGUCCCCAUCCUGUCCUGUGGUGGUCUGGCCAAACGGUGGCUUGUACCUGGCUGGCGAAUGGGCUGGAUUCUCAUUCACGACCGAAACAAUAUCUUUAGCAGAGAGAUCCGAGCUGGCCUGGUCUCUUUGAGUCAAAGAAUUCUUGGCCCAUGCACAAUUGUACAAGGAGCACUGGAAAAUAUUCUGAACAAAACAACUGAAGAAUUCUAUGAUGGUACUAUCAGCUUCCUGAAGUCCAAUGCAGACCUGUGUUUUGAUGCCCUCUCGUUGGUUCCUGGCUUGCAGCCAGUCAGACCCUGUGGAGCCAUGUAUCUGAUGGUUGGAAUUGAUUUGGAUGAUUUUCCAGAAUUUGAGAGCGACAUUGACUUCACUGAAAGGUUGAUUGCGGAGCAGUCAGUUUUCUGCCUUCCUGCCACGUGUUUCGAGUAUCCAAACUACUUCAGAGUUGUGGUGACUGUUCCGGAGGACUUAAUGUUGGAGGCAUGUAACCGCAUCCGUAACUUCUGCGAGGAACAUUUCCAACCUCAGGAGAAUUGCCCCACGCCUGACAUUGAAUGUGACAAGUGA